CAACCUGGAACCCCAAACAAUCCAUUCCUCGAACAGAUCCUCCCCUAGUUCGCACCAUUAAACCCUUGGAGAUGAGCCAUUCGUAUUGUCCCUAACCACUGUCACCCUCCUCCGCCGCUCCGUCACCGACUUUGUCUUUGGGGUUUUCUGGGCUCCAGGCAAGAUGCAUAACGCCCUCAACCGCAUUCAGUCGGCCUUUGGCUUCUUCACCACCUGUGCCUUUACACUGGCAUCUGUCAUUGCUCUCCUAUCUCUCAUCCCUCUCCCUGCCCCGAAAUCCUCUCCGAGUGCGUCUGUCACCCCCCGAAACAUUCAAGUCGUCAAGGGACGACCGCAUUACUACUCGGCCAGGCGCGAAGAAUAUGCUCAGAUCCGAUUUGAUCUAGACGCCGACCUGUCCAGUCUAUUUACCUGGAAUACCAAGCAGCUGUUCGUCUAUGUCACGGCGAACUACCCGAGUUCGAAGGACGGCAAAGGCGGCAUGUCCGAAGCUGUCAUCUGGGACUCGAUCAUUUCCGCACCAUCUACACCCUAUUCCUGGCAAAAUCUCAAACAGACCUACUUUUCCACCAAGAAAGCCACCAAGAGCAAGAGCAGGAAAGGCUCCAACCUCAAGAGCACGAGCAAAGAGAUCGUCAAGCCUGGGGUCAUCGCGUUGAAGAAUGUCAAGCCCAAAUACCAAAUCACCGACCCCAGCGGCGUCUUGAGCGAACGCGGGAAUGCUACCUUGCAGGUCAGUUGGAAUGUCCAGCCCUGGGUCGGCGCUCUGGUCUGGGACAAAGGCAUACUAGGCAAUCGGGUUGCCAAAUGGGAAGUCGGCAAACAAGGGCAGAGUGGUGUGUUUGAGUUCCCAGCACUCAAAGGGGCCAAGCCAGAGACUGUCCGAGAAUCAAAUGGACCAAAGACCCCCAAGGUUGGGUCUGCCACGCCGAUUGUUGGUGCCUAGAAUACCUUUUUUAGCUGAAGUGUGUAGGAGGGGCUCCAGAGAGUCCUGUGGGUAGGUCGGAAUAAGUGGUAACGACUGAACUACCACAAGUGGCCUUGUAACAAAGGCCUUCCAGUUCCGCCGUAUUCCCUAUACAGCUGAGUAUUAUGUAGCUAUGUGCAUGUUCAAAU